AUGUCUCCCUCCAGAGGCCUCGAUUGCUUACACGUCAGACUUCUGCGAGCCACUCUCCGUACCGCAAUAAGACGCUACUCGGCAUGGACUGAAGCUGUCGCCAACCCGCAAGAUAAAGUGCAGUCCUACAUCUCCCGCUCCCGCGAUCCGUACCUAAACCUCUCUAUCGAGCAUUACCUGCUUCAGAAAUCCCCACCAGACUCCACCAUCCUGUUCCUCUAUACCAACAGACCAUGUGUCGUCAUAGGCCGCAACCAGAACCCAUGGCUGGAAGUCAACCUCGCUCUUCUUCAGGCCGCAAAGGACAGCCCUGGAAAGCCGACAGAACCGCCGGCACUGGGCAGCGUUGACCUGGUGCGACGGCGGUCUGGAGGCGGUACUGUCUUUCACGAUGAAGGGAAUGUCAAUUGGAGCGUCAUAUGCCCACCAGCUACCUUCACGCGAGACAAGCAUGCGGAGAUGGUAGUCCGGGCGCUCCGCGCUCUUGGAGUGGAUCGAGCGCGUGUCAAUGAGAGACAUGACAUUGUGCUGGACCAAGGUGUGCGAAAAGGGGCCGUUGACGAAGAAGAUACGCACCGGACGCCGUAUACGUCUGAGGCUUCCUCACAUAAGCCGCGCCCGCUGAAAGUCUCCGGGUCGGCAUACAAGCUGACCCGGACGAGAGCGCUCCACCACGGGACGUGCUUGUUGUCAUCGCCAAAUCUCAACAUAAUUCCGGACUAUCUGCACUCGCCUGCGAGGCCGUAUAUCAAAGCUAGAGGCGUUGAGAGUGUCAGUUCUCCUGUCGGUAAUAUCGGAAUCGAGAUUGAAGCGUUCAAAAGCAGCGUGCAAGAACAUUACCAGAAAAUGUACUAUCCAGCUGAUGCGAACGGGCAUACGUCAACAGUCGUAGGAGAGGAACAACUGGACGUGGCUGAUAUCAGGGAAGGGUACGAAGAACUGAAAAGCCUUGAUUGGACUUUUCUGCAGACACCACAAUUCACUUUCUCAAGCCAUCCGACGGAAGAGGAUGACCGGAGAAGGCCUGACUUACCCGUAGCUGCUCGCGUGUACCUCAAGGUCCGCUUCGGCUCCAUCACAGAGGAGUUCGUGGCUUUGGCCGAUACUUCUUCAUUGGCUGUCGAUUCAGGUCACAAACUGCGACUGGACCUGCAAGACCAGAAGCUGCAUGAGAUACAUGACUGGACUGCUGUAGUUGACAAAGCGUCCGGCCCCCACAAUGCUAGGGCUGGAUCUGCAUUAGGCGCAUGGCUUACGAGCAUGUUCCCAAGGAACGAAGCCGGUGUCAUGAACGUCGGAAUCUCCGGAGCCCUGGCCCCUGGAGUCUCAACCGUGCACGACAGCUCGGGAGGGCUGCAGAGCAUCCAAGCUGCUCUUCCUGCGACGCUCGAAAAGGCCUUUUGGGUAUAG